AUGAAAAUAGUGAAUAAACUUUUGGAUUUAGCUAUUAUUGUUACGGUUUUGUUUCACUUGCUAGUAUCGCCAUUUACUAAGGUAGAAGAAUCGUUUAAUAUCCAAGCAAUUCAUGAUAUAAUAAACUAUGGAGUAUAUCCUAGAGAACUGGUAUCGCAGAAUUACGACCAUGUUGAGUUCCCAGGGUCAGUACCUAGAACAUUUGUAGGAAGUUUGGUACUUUCAGGGUUCUCUAAGAUAGUAACAACAGUACUAGGCAGUCUUGGGCCCUAUGGAUAUGAUAAGAUUUCACAAAUUGAGCUGCAAAUAUUAGCGAGAGCUAUAUUGGGAUUACUUAAUGUUUUAAUGUUGAUAAAGUUCGGCAACAGUCUACAGUAUUUAGGGGCAAGACGAUCUGGUUUUAAGAGGAAGAUCAAUGUGGCGUUUUGGUAUCGGAUAUUUCUUUUAACCCAGUUCCACUUACUUUACUAUUCAUCAAGAACGCUUCCUAACUUCAUUGCUUUACCACUAGUCUUGUUCGGCCUUGCAAGCUUUCUUAAAGGCAACUUAUCGGGAUUGGUUUGGAUGGCGUUUACAGGCAUUGUCUUUAGGCUAGAAGUGGGGGUCUUUGGAGUAAUUAUAGCAUUGGUUUCAUCGCUUAUGUUUAAGCAUUCGCAACUUUUCGUUAGUGUAUUAAUGCUUGUCGUUGGCACUCUAAUGGGAUUGGCAAUCACAUUCCCUAUUGAUAGCUAUUUUUGGAAUAGACCGGUUAUACCAGAAAUUUCCUCAUUCGUUUUCAAUAUUGUUGAUGGAAAGUCAUCAGAAUGGGGCGUCGAGCCAUGGUCUGCUUAUUUCACCCACUAUAUAUGGAAAUUAUUCAGGCUUCCUUUAAUUCCCAUUUUAUUGUUGCCAGGUCUAUAUUGUGAUCCAAGUUAUGAUGGAGUCAAUACUAAGAAGAAAAAUGCCGUUACCCAUCCCGCAAGAAAUUCUUUAAGGAUUCUUUCUAUUUCCUCGUUACUCUUCAUCGUUGUUAUGUCAUUCCAACCUCAUAAAGAGUGGAGAUUUAUAAUGUAUACCAUUCCUGUCUUCACCUUACAAGCUGCAAAUGGUAUGGAUUUCAUUAUGUCAAUUGAGGCUGGCUUUAUUAGGCGAAAAUUAUUUGUCAUGACUAUAUUUCUUGUAUCUCUUAUUGGGAUUGCAUCAUCACUCUUCAUGGGAUACAUAUCCAGCUACAAUUAUCCAGGCGGAAAGGCAUUGGUUUCCUUGAAUGAAUAUAUUGAGACACAUUCUCUGAAAGACCCAGUUGUGGUUCAUAUGGACGUUGCUGCAUGCAUGACUGGAGUAAGUAGAUUUGGCGAAAUACAUAAUGACUUGGUGGCAUACGAUAAAACAGAAAAUAUCACCGCUCUCGCUAAAGUUUCAGAUACCUUUGAUUUCUUGAUAUCUGAAGUAAAAUUAGAUGAAAUUAAUUCCAAUGAUAUCUCUGAAGUAUACAGAAACGAGGACUGGGAUCUUCUUUUCACUACCGAAGGUUACAGAGGGUUCAAUAAACUCUUGGUCUUGAAUCUAAUAAGGCAAGCACAGAAGGAUAAGGCUAAUACCCUCGAGUAUAUAGAACAACUUGUUCGGGAUCCAUUGGAUGUUCAUGUUGAAAAUCUUAAGUCAUUUUUGAAGUCAUUGGUACUUACACAGGAUUACUUGUUCAUUUACAAACGAGCUAGAGACGUUAGUCCCACCAGUUGA